GUGGUCGUCAGGGAAAGAUGCCAGUAACGGCACUGGAGGCUUUCGACCUGGAGAUGAAGAGCUGGACUCGGUUCCCCUGCAUCCCGAGCCGCAGGGCGUUCUCAUGCUGCGCUACCAACGAGCGCAGCCUGUUCAGCCUGGGUGGGCUCCAGCAGCCGGGGCCUCAUAAUUUCUACUCCCGACCUCACUUUGUCAGCACUACGGAGGAGUUUGACCUGGAUCAAGGUGUUUGGAUCAAACCCAGCCGAACAUCCAGGAUGCGGGAAAAGAGGGCGGACUUUGUGGCAGGAUGCCUUGGAGGAAGAGUCAUCGUAGCUGGUGGUCUGGGUAAUGAGCCAUCACCGUUGGGCUCAGUGGAGAGCUACAACCCAGUGAAGCGGCGCUGGGAGUAUGUGGCCCCCAUGCCCACUGCACGAUGCUCUUCUGCUCUGCUGCAGACGGCCAGCAUCCUCUUUGUGAUUGGAGGAGUUGCCCAGGGACCCAGUAACGCUGUGGAAGCCCUCUGCUUACAGGAAACAGUGUGAUGCACAAAAAACCCUUAAAUUAAUGCAAACCGGCACCAGUAUUUUCUUCACUCUAGAACAGGCAGGAGUUGGAUCGCGCUCGGAUGCUUUCUUACUUUGAUCGGCAACAAUGGAUUCCACUUACACACUGGGAUGUCAACAACUUGUUUUGGCAUUGAAGAAGUGUUUUCAAAGCCCGACAGUGAAGCAGAUUGCUGUGACUGUCAAAGACAGGAAACGGACAGCUUUUACACGCCGGGGAAAUCAGAGAGAGAGAAAAAUGAGCCAAACAACAAACUGACAGACCCAGUUUCUGAAGAAACAACUGUUGAGCAUUUUUCAGAAUAAAAGCAGGGUACUUUUCUGGAUACUAAAAGGAACAUAGGGCCAUAUCUGAAACUCUUCUUAGCAGCAGCGCUGUGCUCUGCUUUCAAGGCAACAGCUCACCCCGACUCUUUUCUAGAACCUCAGAGGCAGCACUUGGUGGAGUUGUAGAUGGUGGCAUUCAGAGUGUGGAUGUCUGUUGUGGUUCUCUGUUCUGUUAGAGUGUUGUAAGUGUGAACACUAACGCUGCUAACAAUCUCUACAACGGCAUCAACAACGAUGUUUCCUUACAUGCCUUCACACCACAAGCAAGUCAAAGGCCUGCCAGUCAGAAAAAAAAAACCAUCCACUUUGUUCCAACAGGGGCCCCAUCUUGAGCACAAUCACAGCUUCCUUGAUUGAGGAAAGAGUGAUUGUGGGUAAGCUUGUUAGCACUUUGCUUCGCCUCACAUCUCUCCAUCUCUACACCACACCAAUCAAUCACAGAACUCCAACCAACACUCACACUGUGGUGCAGGGAUGAUUUUGCUUGGGGGAGUGAAUGUAGAGUUACCUGCUGCACUGAAGCAUCCUGGGAAAUCAGCUUUCUGUCACAUGAUGAGGUUUUCCUCUUGAACUUUGACAUUUCACUUUACUACAAAUGUCAGCUUGAUGUCAGUGAGUUAAUGGAUGUGGAUGUUUUAAGGUAAUCAUACCAGAGUUUACUAAGAAUACACUGACACGGAGACAAAAUCGUACAAUAUGUUGAAGUUAGGGUGCUAUUUUAAUCUGUAAUUUUAUUUUUUAACUCUUGAAGUAUUAUUAUUUCAAGGCAUUUCUACAAGUCAUUUGGGAUUGCCAAAUAAAAUGCUUGUAUUUCAGAGGUCCAACCGAUACAAACAAAACUUAGUGGAUCAUUGAUACUUUCUUAGAAAUAAGAGUAAAAAUAGCAGUCAGCCUCUUCAAGCCAAAAG